CAGGGCUGGACUGCCAAUCCUCCUGCCAUGAUGCCUGGGCAGAUCCCAGACCCUUCCAUGACUGUGAGAUCUCUGCCAAGGCUCAGACCCCUGACCAGACUCCCCAGCUCAGCCCUGGCUGCAGAGGAGCUGAAAUAUGCUGACAUCCACAACAUUGGGGCCAUGAUCGCCCCUUUGCACUUCCUGGAGGUGAAAAUGGGCAAGAGACCUCAAUCCGUGAAAAGUGAGCUAGACGAGGAAGAGGAAUGGAGGGAACAGCACCAGAAAAAGAACAAAGUGGCGGCAGGCCCAUGCAGGAACAAGAAGAAUGAGCGGAAGGAGUUUCUUCCGUAGGAAUCUGAGCGGCUGGAGCUCAAUGCGGAGCUGAAAACCCAGAUGGAGGAGCUGAAGCAGGAGUGGCAGCAGCUCAUCCAGACGCUCAGCCGGCAUCGCCCCACCUGCAUCGUCAGGACCGACAGCAUUAAGACCCCAGACUCAGAAGGCAACCCACUGCUGGAGCAGCUGGAGAAGAAGUGA